CCCUCUCCCCGCUCCAGAGUGGUCUCGCCCGAGCGCCUGCGCUCUUUGGUGUAUGGUGGUUGUGAGCGUGGUGCUGGUGAUGCCCUGUGGGUGAGGUCAGCGUGGCGUCCGCUUUGCUCCCUCUGUCUCUUCGGCUCCACGGAGGUGGUUGAUGGCCGUGUGGGUGCGGCAGGCCGCCCGCUGCGGCUGGCUGACGGCCUCCGGCUUACUAGGCCCGAGGAGCCGCAGCUGUGGGGCGGCCCCGCUGCCUGCGCUGCUCUCCGGCCUCAGGCUUCCACCGUGGAGGCUGAACGUGGCUGUAGGACGCUGUGCUCAGCCCUGCCGUGCUCAGCCCUGCCGUGCCAAGGGUGAGGCCUGCGCUCCCAGAAGCAGUUUGCCUGUAGCGGUAAAGCAGGAGCAAGCACCAGAGACAGUCUCUGACCUGAGCACAGCCAAGCUGUAUGAAGACUGGGAUGAUGUUCCACCUUCAUCUGCUUUGGAGGAGAUUUCUGAGGAAGAAGCUGUGAAGAUCAUUGCUGAUCCAAUUCUUCCCCCUCAGUCUUCCACACUUCGAGAUUAUGUUGAUCACUCAGAAACCCUGACCAAGCUUGUCCAUUUAGGAGUUGACUUAUCUCAAGUGGAGAAACGUCAGAAGGCAGGUCAACUCUUACUGACCUUGGACUUUGAAAAAGAUAUAACUAAAAUACUUCUGUUUCUGAAGGAUGUGGGUAUAGAAGACAAUCAACUGGGACCAUUCCUGACCAAAAAUCCAUACAUCCUUGGUGAAGAUGUGGAAGCUCUAGAAACCAGAGUGGCUUACCUAAAAUCAAAAAAAUUUGGUAAUGCAGAAAUUACUCAGAUGGUCUCAAGAGCUCCAUAUUUGCUGUUGUUUUCAGUGGAAAGAUUGGAUAACAGGCUGGGUUUCUUCAAAAAUGAACUUGGCCUCAGUGUAAAAAAGACAAAGGAUCUGGUAAUUCGUUUUCCUAGGCUGCUGACUGGCAAAUUAGAGCCCGUAAAAGAGAAUCUUCAGGUUUGUCUGGUUGAGUUUGGUUUUCAACGUAAUGAAAUUCAGCAGAUUGCAUUUAAAACCCCCAAGAUUUUAACAGCGAGUAAAAAGAGACUCAGACGGACAUUUGACUACCUGCACAACAUAAUGGGCAUUCCCCACAACAUGCUUACUCGCUUUCCUCAGGUUUUCAACUCAAGGCUGUUACGAAUCAAAGAGAGACACAUGUUUCUUAUAUUCUUGGGAAGAGCCCAGUAUGACCCAACACAACCCAGCUACAUCUCUCUGGACCAGCUCGUGUCUUUACCUGAUGAGGUGUUUUGUACAGAGAUUGCCAAAACGUCUAUGCAGGACUUUGAAAAAUUCUUAAAAACGAUUUAAUUCUUAACACACGUUGAAAGGAAUAGAAACAAGUUAAAAGAAAAAAUAAACAUUUUUAAAAACUG